UAAAAACAGUAAAGCGUUGUAGUUUUAUUCAAGUACACUCGUUUUGAGCAGUAUCUUUUCGUGCCGUUAAUAAUGGUUCCACCUCUACACCCCCGUGUAUCUGGAAUGGUACAGUCCGAAAAACUUGAAGCGUUUUGCGGGAAACGGUUUCAUCUCGACCUGCGCGGUGUUUACAAAACAAACGAGCUCCAGUCUGUCCAAAUGAGUGCAAAAAAGGGCAGGGGAGCCAACAACGUGCGCAAAGUGCCACAACAUGUGAAUCAAAAAGCUCCUCCUGUGGAUGACCAGGAAUCGCCCAAUCUGUCCGUCAUAGAGAGAGCCAGCUUCCUGGAGGGACUGCAGUUAAAUUAUGGCAACCCUCUGCACAGCACCGCCAUGGAGGAAGACUUGAACGUCUUAGAGGAAGAGCGGCUGAAUAAAGGGAAAGCUGGGAGAAAGGACGUUCCUCAGACGUUCAAGACUGAUGUUAAACAGCGUGGAGCUGCCGUGAAGAGGAAGGAGACAGAGCCGGAUGAAGAUAACGAAAAGGAGAAUGAGGAGGAGGAGAAGAAGAGGAGCACUGGAGGGAAGGUCAAAGCCGGGCCUGAGAAGGAAGAAGAAACAAAGAAAAAGAAGGGAGAGACUCAGGACGUGGAGAGGAAGGAGUCAGACCUAAAAGGCGACCAGCCUAAACAUUUGUUUGGGAAGAAGUCUGCCAAGUUGAGCAGAGCUGAGCAGACGUCUGCAGCGAGGCCGACGAAAACUCAACAGGCGGAGAAAGGCAAUGAGAGAGAAAGCGAAUUAAGAAGCGGAACGUCCAGUGAGUCCCGCUCACAGGAGGAAUCUGACUCCGACACCGCCCAGCGGAGACGUAAGGGAGUCCUGUUGUCUGACUCUGAGGUGGAGGAUGAGGACGUUAGCUGGAAACCGAGUCCAAAGAAGGCCAGAGCGUACAAUUUUGAUAGAAGCAAAAAGUCAAAAACAAGAAAGUCUUCAUCAGGCAGUACGUCUGCAGGAGCAGAAAAGGGCGACGCCGACAAACAGAGGAGGAAGAAAGGUGUCGGCCGGGGGGGAACGGACUUAGACGUGGUGCUGGACGCCUUCCUUGACUUCUGUGAGCAGUACAGAGAGUCUGUGGAGACUAAAGCAGUCAAACACUCCGUCGAUUCCUUCUGCUCCAGCGUGAAAGAGCAACUCUUGGAAAAGAUCUCUUCCCACAAGGAGCUCAAAGUGCUGAAACGGGAAAACGCCAAGGUGGCUUCUUUGAUCCGUACAAAGACACAGAGGCUGCUGGAUGCCAAACACGAGCUGAUGAGGGCGGAGAGGCAGAUGUGGUCGCUGCAAAAGGAGACAACUGAACUUACAAACAGAUUAGCUGACCUGAGACGAGGCCAGGCCUUCCUGCACGACAUCGGAGAGCUGAACAGACAAUACCUGGAUUUCCGACACAAACAUCCCACAGAGAACGAGACGUAUGGGGCGUCCAGCUUGCCGGCUCUGCUGCUGCAGACCAAACAUGUUCAGACAGCAGAGGAUCAGCUGAGAGCGAUCAAUAACCAGCUGGAACAGACAAAUGAUGCCACACAGACAGCAGCGUGACAUUUUAGAUCAUAUGUUGUGGUUUCACGUUGUACUGUGUGUACACUUCCCCAAACCCUGUUUAUCCUGGAUCACUGCUAAAUAAAUACAGUGCUGUACGUAUAACUAAUACAGUACAAUGUGUAAUAAAUUAAAAAAUAACAGCAUGUGUUCGUCUUGACAUGAAUCUAUAAUAAAUCUUUAGUUGGUGCUUUAA